AUGUCCUUUGAAUGGUCGGGAAAUGACUGGAGCUGGGAACAUGCCAUUGAAAUCUGUGGCCCAACCACAGUGAUUAUUGGACGGUGCUCAGAUACACAGCGAGAGGACAGCAGAUGGCGACGGGGUCUGGUUCCGCUAACUGGUCCAGUGACAAGCCACAACUCUAGACACCGGACGCCACAGGAGACAAUAGCAGUGUUAUCAGCUGGGAAUCCUUGCUUCGCUAAUACCAACCAUGUGAUAGACUCUCAAAAAGUUUAUGCACAACAUACUGCUGCCACCAAGGCUGCAUUGCCGCAGUCAGUGAGGCCACCUCGUCCCCUGAAUUCGGCCACAGAAGUAUGCAAAUAUCAGCACAUCAAAACACCGAUUGUUACUCAACCUCAAGACGAAUCACAUAAUUUGCGUAAUCGAAACGAGCUACAAGUUUUCAACAGUCCAGAAGAUAGGCACUUGAGCUGGGACAACUUGACUAGCGGUGGAAAUGGAGAGGUAGAAGAAUAUGGCGACGAAUACAACGACGAUACUUUUGGAGCUGAAGCCUCAGCGUUCUGUGUCAAGGGUAGUAGCUCAGCUUUUGACUUCUCUGGCAGUAGACGCGAGGGCUUAAGGUCCGCGAAAGAGAAAGUUACUACCACCAAUCGCAAGCUAGAAACCUCGAGUCAGACAUCUUUCGAGACUGCCAACCACGCUCUGUCCAUCGAACUCAAGUCUGUACCAGAUACACGCACUGUAAACUUCGAUACAGACGACGCAUCUUCGAGGCUUUCUGGUCUAGAUUUCAUCAAGUCCUACGCAGCGAAACGAGACCUUGAGACACCUGACCAGAUCCGCGAUAAACUCCUUGUACUGAUCCCUUCGAAGCUUCGCGGCGCUGAGCAAGAUCCCCUACAUGAGGCAGAAGAGCAUGAUGGAGUAACGACAACCGAACUCCAAUCUCCUGCAGUUGUAGCUACUAAGCCCAUCGAACAAGGUUCCGAAAAAUCACCCUCCUCCACAGCGCCCACAAGUCCUUUGAUCUCUAGCGUGGCUACGACAUCACCUCAAUUGCUCAAAGUUUGGUUUGAAGAAGCUGUAGGGCACGUGAACCGGCGAUACUGGCACUUUAGGCACGAGGAAGCAUUUGGAGUGGCCUUGUUGCGAGAAGGUCAACUAUUUCCCGAGCAGAUUCGGGUGCGAGCACGACAAGAGCGAGGAUUGUUGACACGCAAAUAUUCUCAGCAGGAGGCAUUGCCACACCAUAAGAAUGAACUUCAUGCAUCCUCGCCAUCAUCGCCAGCAUCAUCAGUACAACCUCCCGACAACACAACAGCAAAACAAGCAGAGCAGGAGUUUACAAAAUCACCCACUGUCACGCCCGACCUCGAUUACCAAUCCAUGCCACUAAACACCCUUUCCCUAACGUUCUUUCAAAAUCAAUUCAGAAAGAGCAAAAAGUACCACAUAUAUUCCCUUCAGCAACAAGACCACAACUUCGAGGUUCACACGGGCCGUUACGGAAACGCCAUCCCCCCACUACAGACUCUGCCCUGUGUUAACGUUCAGAUCGAGGACGUAAGAAGUUGGAAUAAGCAGGACCUGGGCGACUACAAGGCCAAAUGCAAGGCGGAACUGAGACAGAGAGCAAGACAGCUGGCGAGUGGGCCGCCACGACAAAAGUGGCCGGCAAACAUGGAGAAGGUUGUUCGUGAACCCGUUGGCAUGGAAGAGCCGAGAAGUAAGGAUGAGAUGUCAGAUGACGAGCGAGCACUUUGGUAUGACGACGAUGAUGAGGACGGCUUGAAAGAGGAAAAGGCUGAAACGUCAAUUUGA